AUGUCUGGACUUAUUGAAGGCCUUCCUGAUGCUGUCGCCCUCAGGUGCCUUGCACGGGUUCCCUUCCAUCUUCAUCCGAAGUUAGAACUUGUUUCACGUUCCUGGCGAGCUGCCUUUCGGAGCACUGAACUCUUUAAAGCCCGUCAAGAGGUGAACUCAACUGAGGAAUUUAUAUGUCUUUGCACAUAUGACCCUGACAAUCUAUGGCAGCUUUAUGAUCCUGCAUGUGACCUUUGGAUUACACUCCCGGUUCUUCCUUCAAACAUAAGGCACCUUGCCCACUUUGGUGUUGUCUCUGUUGGCGGAAAGCUUUUUGUGCUUGGUGGUGGAAGUGAUGCUGUGGAUCCUUUGACUGGUGACCAGGAUGGAAGUUUUGCUACUGAUGCAGUAUGGUCGUACGACCCAGUGUCUCGGCAGUGGGCCCUACGUGCAUCUAUGAUUGUGCCUCGUGCAAUGUUUGCAUGCUGUGUGAUGGAUGGGAAGAUAAUCGUGGCAGGUGGUUUUACUAACUCCAGGAAGUCAAUCUCUAAAGCCGAAGUCUAUGAUCCUGACAAUGAUGUCUGGAUUUCAAUACCCGAUCUCCACCGCACUCACAAUUCUGCAUGUACAGGAGUGGUUAUUGGGGGUAAGGUUCAUGUCUUGCACAAGGGAUUGUCAACUGUGCAAGUUUUGGAUAGUAUUAAGCAGGGUUGGACAGUUCAUGACAUUGGUUGGCUUCAGGGUCCAAUGGCAGUCGUUAAGGGGAUGCUGUAUGUAAUGAGUCAUGGCCAAAUUUACAAGCAGGAGAGAGAACUUAGCAAGUUGGUAGUUUCGGCAUCUGAGUUCCGUCGAAAGAUUGGUUUCGGGAUGAUAGGUUUGGGAGAUGAUAUUUAUAUAAUUGGAGGAGUCAUAGGGCCUGACAGGAUGAAUUGGGACAUCGAGGUGACGACUGAUGUUGAUGUUCUGUCGCUUGGAAAUGAGAGACCGGUUUGGCAUCAGGCAGCUCCUAUGACGCGGUGCAGGGGAACUGUCCUUGGAUGUACACAGCUGAAAAUUUAG